AUGCAACUGCUGGGCUUUGCCGACCUGGCCACUCCAGUUCAUUCUGGAAUUCGCCUCAUCAGUGGCACAUCAAGCCUCGCAGCAACUCUGCUUCCUCCCCACCGCUCCAUCUAACUUCAAAUCAUGUGGGUAUUUGGCUACGGCUCGAUUGUCUGGAAGACCGAGUUCCCCGCUGAGGACACGGUGUUCGGCUACGUCGAAGGCUGGCAUCGCCGCUUCUGGCAGGGCAGCCCGGACCACCGCGGCUCACCCGAAGCCAAGGGCCGAGUCGUCACGCUCAUCAGCCGUGAGGAGAUGAAGAAGUUCGACGACGAACACGCGCAUCUGGCGGGCGACCACAUCACGUGGGGCCGCCUGUACAAGGUGCCUGACGAGGAGGUUCAGGACACGCUCACGAAGCUCGACAACCGCGAGCAGGCCGGCUACGACCGCCAAAUGGUGGAUGUGCAUUGCGUCGACGGUGUGGUGCGUAAGGCGCUGGUCUACAUUGCCACGCCGUCCAACUCGGACUUCCUCGGCCCGUCCCCCGUCGAUGAAAUGGCCAAAGAGAUCGCCACCCGCAGUGGCUUCAGCGGCCCCAACUUCGAGUACCUCUUCAAGCUCUGCGACUGCAUGCGCGCACUACAGGUCCGCGACCCGCACCUCAUCGCGCUGGAGAAGGCCACGCGCAAAUACACAUCAGCCAUGAGCUGGAGCACCAAUGACACUGGAUGUGGUAUACAGUAAACUACUAGAAGGCGCUCGGCGACAAUGCACACCGACCGUCAAAGGCGCAGCAUGAACUGCCCCUGUAAAUUAUUACAAUAGAGGCGAAUUUCUGUCAUCAACAAA